CAUACCAUAAAACUUCUUCAACCAAGGCUAAGACAACAAUGGAGACACAAAACUCAAGUUUCAGAAGAUUGCCCUUUUGCAUAUUUCUUGGCAUUUUCAUGCUCUUGGGUUUUCUAACUACUGCCUCUCAAGCUGAAACUCAUUACCAUGAGUUUGUUAUUCAAGCCAAGCCAGUGAAGAGGCUGUGCAGAACCCAUGACACAAUUACAGUGAAUGGACAAUUCCCAGGACCAACAUUGGAAGUGAGAGAUGGAGAUACUCUUGUGAUCAAAGCAAUUAAUAAUGCUCGAUACAAUAUCACCCUUCACUGGCAUGGAGUAAGGCAACUUAGAAAUCCAUGGGCAGAUGGUCCUGAAUAUGUGACUCAGUGUCCAAUCCUACCAGGAAGGAGCUACACAUACAGGUUCACUAUUCAAAACCAAGAGGGGACCUUAUGGUGGCAUGCUCACAGUAAAUGGCUUAGAGCCACUGUGUAUGGAGCUCUCAUAAUCUAUCCUAAAUUGGGUUCUACAUAUCCAUUCCCAAUGCCCAAGAGAGAAAUUCCAAUUCUUCUUGGGGAGUGGUGGGACAGGAAUCCUAUGGAUGUCCUGAAGCAGGCAACCUUCACAGGAGCAGCACCAAAUGUUUCUGAUGCUUAUACCAUCAACGGUCAACCUGGAGAUCUCUACAGAUGCUCCAGCAAAGAAACUGUGAGAUUCCCCGUGGAUUCCGGUGAGACGAUUCUCCUGAGAAUCAUCAACUCUGCUUUGAACCAAGAACUCUUCUUUGCGGUGGCUGAUCACAGAUUAACAGUGGUUUCUGUUGAUGCUGCCUACACCAAGCCUUUUACAACCUCAGUGAUCAUGAUAGCUCCAGGUCAGACAACUAAUGUCCUCAUCACAGCUGAUCAAACCCCAGGUCGUUACUACAUGGCUGCGCAUGCCUAUAACACAGCCCAGAAUGCAGCAUUUGAUAAUACCACCACAACAGCUAUCUUGGAAUACAAAUAUGCUCCUUGUAAUGCCAAGAAAGGGAAGUCCUCACCACCACCGAUCCUCCCCCAACUACCAGCAUACAACGACACAAACACUGCAACUGCUUUCACUGCUCAACUAAGGAGUCCUUCCCAGGUGAAAGUGCCCACUCAGAUUGAUGAGAACCUUUUUUUCACAGUGGGAUUAGGACUCAUCAACUGCACCAACCCCAACAGCCCCCGUUGCCAGGGUCCAAAUGGAACUCGAUUUACUGCCAGUAUCAACAAUGUGUCCUUUGCACUCCCAAGACGAAACUCCUUAAUGCAAGCUUACUACCAAGGUCAACCUGGCAUCUUCACCACAGAUUUUCCACCUGUUCCUCCUUUGCAAUUUGAUUACACAGGAAAUGUGAGCCGAGGGCUAUGGCAACCUGUUCCAGGAACUAAGCUUUACAAGCUCAAAUAUGGUUCCAAAGUACAACUUGUGUUUCAGGAUACCAGUAUUGUCACAACUGAGGACCACCCAAUGCAUCUCCAUGGUUAUCAUUUCGCUGUUGUUGGGAUGGGCUUUGGCAACUUCAACGCAGCAACAGAUACGGCCAAGUUCAACCUCAUUGACCCACCACUUAGGAACACCAUUGGCACCCCUCCAGGGGGUUGGGUGGCCAUCCGGUUCGUUGCUGAUAAUCCAGGAAUUUGGCUACUGCACUGUCACUUAGAUUCCCAUCUUAAUUGGGGUUUGGCCAUGUCCUUCCUGGUUGAGAACGGAGUUGGGCAGCUGCAAUCCAUACAACCCCCGCCGCUAGAUCUACCCCAGUGUUAAGAGUGUCACCAACAAAGGAUUACCAACAAUUGAUUCUACUCAUUGAAUAUUAUUAUUUCCGAAGGCAUUCCUUAGAUGCAAGUAUUUGUAUACCUUAAUCUUGAUUCAAAGGAUUUUAUGUUUUCCUUCCUUUAAUUUCCGCGGGUCAUCCAAAGUCGACAGUGUUGCGUUAAGCAGUUAAUUUGAUAUGUCUCCUGAAUCCAUGUAUCGCAUUUGGAAUUAUGAAACAAUUUAUCAUUGUAAUAAGUUGGAAUAUCUAUACCUUUGUAGUUUUCUGUUGGUGACUCAGAUUCUACAAAAUUCCAGGAA